ACUUUUAUGCGGCGCGCGGCUCUUCUCUGUAGUCGCCGACGGCGGGGUUCACCGACUACAGCUUCAGCUGCCGUCACUCAGCUCCUCCCUCGUUUAUUUUUUUUUUCCAGUGGCGAUGGUGAUUGACAGAUGAUCUGACAGAGGAAGACAUCAGAUUCUGUCUCCCUGCUGGUUAUUAUGGGGUGCACCUGUUGCAAGCAGAAGAAGUCCUCCAAAUCAAAAGACGCAACAUCGUCAGGAAUAGAUGCUACAGACUUGUCGCCUAGCAACGCAGAUGAACGGUCAGUCGAGACCUUGCAUCAGGGCCGUUACUGCUCCGAUCCCACUCAGAGCAUCCCGGACUAUAACAAGACCUUCUUACCUGGAACUGGCUUCCCCAGCAUCAACACAGGCCAUCAACAUGGAGGCAUGUAUCUGUUCGUCGGCGUCACUUUCUUCAUAGCUUUGUAUGACUACGACGCUCGCACCGAAGAUGACCUAACCUUCCAGAAAGGAGAGAAAUUCCAAAUCAUCAACAACACCGAGGGUGACUGGUGGGAAGCCCGCUCUCUGGACACCGGACGCUCGGGUUACAUCCCCUCCAACUAUGUUGCUCCCGUUGACUCCAUACAAGCUGAGGAGUGGUAUUUUGGGAAGAUGGGGAGGAAGGAUGCAGAGAGACAGCUGCUGGCUCAGGAGAACCCGAGAGGAACUUUCCUCAUACGAGAGAGUGAGACCACCAAGGGUGCCUACUCUCUGUCCAUCCGUGACUGGGACGACACCAAGGGAGAUCACGUCAAACAUUAUAAGAUUCGAAAACUAGACAACGGAGGCUACUACAUCACCACCAGAUCACAGUUCGACACUGUUCCACAGCUGGUCCAGCACUACACAGAGAGAGCGGCGGGACUGUGCUGCCGUUUGAUUGGCAGCUGUAAGCGGGGCAUGCCUAAGCUGGCCGACUUAUCGGUGAAGACCAAGGAUAUGUGGGAGAUUCCUCGCGAGUCUCUCCAGCUGAUUAAGAAACUGGGCAACGGCCAGUUUGGAGAAGUCUGGAUGGGCAUGUGGAACGGCACCACCAAGGUAGCGGUGAAGACUCUGAAGCCAGGAACCAUGUCCCCCGAGGCCUUCCUGGAGGAGGCUCAGAUCAUGAAGAGACUACGGCACGACAAGCUGGUGCAGCUCUACGCCGUCGUGUCUGAGGAGCCCAUCUACAUUAUCACUGAGUUCAUGAGCCAAGGAAGUUUGCUGGACUUCCUGAAGGACGGAGAGGGACAGAACCUGAAGCUGCCUCAGCUGGUGGACAUGGCAGCUCAGAUUGCAGCUGGGAUGGCGUACAUCGAGCGCAUGAACUACAUCCACCGUGACCUGCGAGCGGCCAACAUCCUCGUCGGAGACAAUCUGGUCUGCAAGAUCGCCGACUUUGGCCUAGCUCGGCUCAUCGAGGACAACGAGUACACAGCCAGACAAGGAGCAAAGUUUCCUAUCAAGUGGACAGCUCCAGAAGCUGCACUCUAUGGACGCUUUACCAUCAAGUCCGACGUCUGGAGCUUCGGCAUCCUGCUCACCGAACUCAUCACUAAAGGACGUGUGCCCUACCCAGGCAUGAACAACCGUGAGGUGCUGGAGCAGGUGGAGAGGGGUUAUCGGAUGCCCUGCGCCCACGGCUGCCCGGCCUCGCUCCAUGAACUGAUGCUGCAGUGCUGGAGGCGGGAGCCCGACGAGAGACACACCUUUGAGUACCUGCAGUCCUUCUUGGAGGACUACUUCACGGCCACCGAGCCGCAGUACCAGCCCGGAGAAAACCUGUGACCGCGCUCGCGCUCGGUCAGACGUCGGGCUUAAAAUGGACAUGCACACAGACGCAGUGGCAGGCGUGUUGAAGUGCACGCACUUUUACCUGUUUGAAGUGUAUUUUAAUCCCGCUCUGGAUAGAAACUUACUCUUUCGAAGAUGCAUAUCAUCACCUUAAGUGCUUAUAAGGACGUUUUCCUUUCUUUUGGUCGCGGCUUCCUGCUUUGAACA